ACUCUCCGUGUCUAUAAAUAAGCAUAGGGUUUGCAAAUUAGGGUUCUCUGUCUCCUCUCUCUCGCUCAACCCCCUCACCAAUUCACCAAAACCAGAUAGAGAGAGAAAGAGAAAUCAGCUGCCUUGAUUGAUUCGUUACCAUGACCGGAAAGGCGAAGCCGAAGAAGCACACAGCUAAGGAAAUCCAGGCGAAGGUCGACGCCGCCACCACCAACCGAGGCGGUGGCAAGGCCGGCAAGGCCGACCGGUCGGGCAUCGAGAAGGGCGGUCAUGCCAAGCUCGAGUGUCCGCACUGCAAGGUCACAGCACCAGACAUCAAAUCGAUGCAGAUUCAUCAUGAUGCCAAGCACCCGAAGAUGCCCUUCGACGAGUCGAAGCUCAACAAUCUUCAUGCCACUCUUGUCCCCGCCGAAUCCUCCUCCAAGCCUCGUCCUGGCGUUCGCGGCAGCCUCAAGAAGUGAAGUAUGAUGAAUAAUAUAGUACAAUUACUAUAAGUAAUUGAUGAUGAUCUGCUCUUUGUUGUUGUUUUUCUCUGAUGUCGUCUUGUUAUGACUAUGAAGUUUAUGACUAUAUGGUUAUGGAAGACAUGUUAUGGGAUAUAUGUGUAUGGUGUUAUUUUGUUUUAUGGCUAGUGAUCUUAAUUGUGGUGGUUAUGGUGUUA